AUGGCCGCGGAACUACUCGGCGGCGGAAAGCCGCCAAGCGCAGCGAACAGACCUUUCCGCGGCGGCUCGAGCGGCGCGACAUGCGGCGUUAUUCAACCAGGCGUCAUCAUCAGCGGUACUGGUAACGGCCGCCUCGCGGGUGGUAGUAGUAGUACUGUCGGCGGGAAAGCUAGCGGCGGCGCGGUGAACAAUAUGACCGGCCUGCGAUCGGCACUGGAAGCGGUCGUGGAGGAGAGCGGAUGGGAGACCGACAGCUCCGCGUCGCACGGAUGGGAGGAGCUGGAGCGAACGUGCGCCGCGCUGGAUUCGAACAACGUGCAGAUCGACUGCAUUGAUAUCACAAACAUGCUGGAAGAAGGCGUCGCCCCCGCCGACAGCGAUGCUAUUAGCGACGACGAAAAUAACGAGGAUAGAGGUACUGCUGGCAGCAGUGACGACGACUCAACGAACGCCGCCGAAGAAUGCACCCCCCAUUUUUCCACCGCCGCCAACCCCGCCGCCCGCCCCGCCUCGCGCCUGAGCCAUACCUUCACCCCCAUCAACUGCCCUGACGUGGCAGCAGCGGCGGAGAGUCCUCCGCCGAAUCUGCAGCGGCGGAGCUCUUUCUCCGGCGCGACCAAGUCGGUCCGCCUUGGAAAUGCCAGCGAAAACAACCACGCGGACAGAACAGCGGCACAGAAUAGCCACGGCGGAAAGUACAUCUACAGCGGAAAGUACUACAGCGGAAGCCACAGCCAAGCCCACGGCCCCCUCAGCGGCGGCGCUCACAGCGGAAGCCCCCUUUGCGGCGCCCCCCAGAGCGAAAGCCCCCACAGCGGCCCCUUGCGGCACGGAUUCGGAUCAACGAGCAGCCUGAACAGCAGCCACAGCGGCAGCGGGAGCCCCAUUUGCGGCGCCCCUCGGAGCGAAAGUCUCCCCAGCGGGCCUCACACCGGCCCUCACAGCGGCGGCCCCUUGCGGCACGGGUUUGGUUCGACGAGCAGCCUAAACAGCAGCCACAGCGGAAGCAUGGAGCUCGGCAGCAGCUACGGAAGCAGCUUCGGCGGGAGUAGCUUCGGCGGAAGCAGCGGUGAUCUCAGCAGCGGCAGCUGUGGUACUGGAUAUGGGGGGGCUGAGUCCAAGCCGUCGCCUUGCCACGUGCUCCUGCGGCAGAGCAGUGCAGGAGACGUGUCACCUCUCGUGUUACACACGCCUAGUGUGAAUGUUGCAACAGCAGCGCGCCUCCGUCCCACAAGUAGUGGGGAAUCCGAUGCAAGUGGGGAAGCUCGACUUGUGCAGGCUGUUCAAAAUAAAGGGGCAACUGUUGCUCCUGCUGCUGCUGCUCCUGCUUCUGCUGCUGGCAGUUGCAAACCCGGUGGCAUGACAGUGAUGGUAAAGAACGGGGCUAACCCUGCUGCUAUAGAGGCUUAUUUCAAGCUCAAGGCUCAACGAGGAAGAUAA